AUGGAUACUCACAAUUUGGAUAAUAUUCCAAAAGGAGAUUAUUUUGACUCACAAUCUAUAUGUUUAAGACCGAAAGGAUUGCUUAAAGUGUUUUAUGAAAUUGAAAUCGAUGAAAAACACAAAAAAACCAUCUACAUGACCUUUUCACCUGAAUCCUUACCACGUGAGAAUACUCCUCUUCUGUUUGAGGACUCUCCUCUUCUUUCAUCUCGAGUAAUGAGUGUCAACCACUCAGAAGACAAUUUCUGUGAUAACAUACAGGAAUUAUCUCCUCAAUUAAUGCAAAAUGACACCCUUUUUAAACCAUACAAAUGGAGAUCCGUCUGGAAAUCGCUUGUGCUUUAUCUUCUAACCAUCGUGAUGGUCAUUGCAAAGAGUUGCGAUACAGUUUUAUAUGUUCGUUUAACCUAUGAAAUUCAAAAUUACAUAUACAUGUUAACAAACUUUGUCAAUGUGGCCUAUGUGAUUAUACUCUUCCCAAUUGUGGUCAUUCAAAGAUGGAGAGGAAAAAUUACAAAAGCCAUGAGAGAAACACCUCAAUACAAAUACAUUGUGAUGGCCUUUCUAGACAAUGCCACUAAUACACUCUCCACAAUUCCUGCUGCCUUUUUAAGUGGAAGUGUGAACACAAUGCUUUCUCAAGCAGUCGUUGUGUUAAACAUUGCAUUUAGUUUCUCAUUUGUGGAUUGGCUAUUAAUGUUUCCACUCUUUGCACAAAACGAUUCUGGUCAAAUUUCAGACUCUUCCUAUGACUUGAACUGGUUAUGGGUUUUAUUGUUAUUUUCUUCCAACAUUCCAGCAGCAGCAAGCAAUGUUUAUAAGGAAAAAUGCUUAAAACAAGAACAGCUCGACGUUUGGCUUGUCAAUUAUUGGGUCUCCGUUUGGCAAGUGUUAUUUGGAAUUUUGACCUCAUUGUUUGUGUUUGUUCCACUUCCUGGCACUGCGUACUCUGAUUGGUUUGGAAUUACCAAAUAUAUUUGGGGAGGAAUUAAGUGUAGUGUGGGAGUGAACACCAUCAUGGAUGGUCCUGUACCGGAUCGAUGUGAAGGAUUUCCUGCAGUGUUUUGGAUUGAUUUGUUUUUUAAUUUCACCUAUGCAACUUUGGAGUUAUAUGUAUUUCAAUAUGGAAGUUCCACCUUAGCUGUGAUUGCAGCUGUUUCGAGGUUGGCAUUGAGUAAUUUAUUCUUUCUUGUGAAAUUUAUUGCUGGAGAAGCGUUUGAAUCUCAACUUUCCUUAUUUGAUGUCAUCUCCUUAAUCAUUCUUGUAAUGGGAAUUGUUGUGUAUUCCCUGACAAAAGAACGCACGGCUCAGAAGGACGAUACAUUUAGAAAAGUGCAAGAAACCAUGUAUGAACGCCUUUGUAAUUAUUUCAAGUCACUGAAUCCUUCACAAUAUUUGAAAAAUCAAUUCAAAACAAUAUUCCAAUCUCCUCAUGAAUAA